GCGAACAAGGUAGCCAAUGUGCGCACUAAAAAGCCUGGAGAAUGUCCUCCUUAAGUGCAAUGAAAUUUAGGGUUUGGCCAGGUUUAUUGCAAGGAAAAAACGUAGGUAGAACGGGUUGUUCCGGACAGCUCUCAUUUUCGUUGCAAUCGAGCGGGGAAAGGACGUUUCUCCUGCCAUUCGUUUGCAGAAGGCGAAUCCGUUUCCUUCGCCAAGCACCGACGCUGUUGCUCCUGCACGAGCUGUCCAGUGCGAAGCGGGAAGAGUCGGAGGGCCCGCCCUUGCCGCCAUUUUGGAGUCCCGUGGAACUUCGGAGAGGCUGCUGGUGGCUUUCUUCCGGCGCCGGUCUCUUCGGCUGUCUGCAGAAGCCCCAGGGAAGAACCGGAACGUGUCGAAAGCAGGAAUGAACUCAGGUGGUUGAGAGACAAUAUGAACAUGGUAAUCAGUCUGGAAAAAACCAGCAACAGAUUCCAGAGCUUAUUGUUCAUGAAGACAUGCCUCCUUCAGUAACAGUGUAUGAAAGCAGGGUGUUUGCUAGAAAUGUCAUUGUUCAUCCACCCUCAGAUGUGCACCUCAGAGGUGAAACUAUGGAGAAACCAUAUGAGCCUGAGGAACAUGUAAAAAAGGCUUUUACACACAAGAAAUUUUGGAAAGAUUUUCCUUAUUCUGGGUCCUUUCAGACAAAUGAAAGUUUUCUUAGAGAGACACUUUAUGAAAAUAAGCAAUCAAAUGAAGCCUGUAGGAAUCUCACUUCUGACCAGUAUUAUGAAAGAACUAAUACUGACGAUAAACUCCAUGAAUGUAAGCAAGUUGAGAAAGCCUUCUGGAGGUAUAGUUAUGGUCAAAUAUAUGAAAGAAUCACCAUUGGAGAGGAACCAUAUAUAUAUAAACAAUAUGGUGAAGCCUUUAUUAAUUCUAGUCACCUUAUCAAACAUGAAAUAAUUCACCCUCAAGAGAAAUGGUAUCCAUGCAAGCAGUGUGGGAAAGCAUUCAGAUAUUCCUCAUCUCUUCAGAACCAUGAAAGAAUUCAUAGUGGCGAGAGACCAUAUGUGUGUAAGCAGUGUGGCAAAGCAUUCAUUCGUUCCUAUGACCUUCUCAUCCAUGAAAGAAUUCACAGCGGAGAGAAACCAUAUACAUGUGAGCAUUGUGGAAAAUCCUUCACUCAUUAUAGUGGCUGGUAUAGUCAUGAACGAAUUCACACUAAAGAGAAACCCUAUGUUUGCAAGCAGUGUGGGAAAGCAUUUUCAUGUUCCACAUCCUUUCGGAGGCAUGAAAGAAUUCACACUGGAGAGAAACCUUAUAUAUGUAAGCAUUGUGGAAAAGCCUUCACCCAUUCCAAUGCCUGUUACAUUCAUGAGAGAAUUCACACUGGAGAGAAACCCUAUGUGUGUAAGCAUUGUGGGAAAGCAUUCCUUCGUUCCAGUCAUCGUAUCAACCAUGAAAGAAUUCACACUGGAGAGAAACCCUAUGUGUGUAAGCAUUGUGGGAAAGCCUUCAUCCAACGUGAUGCUUGUUACAAUCAUGAAAGAAUACAUACUGGAGAGAAACCCUAUGUAUGUAAGGAAUGUGGGAAAGCAUUUAGGAUUUCCACAUCCCUUCGUGACCAUGAAAGAAUUCACACUGGAGAGAAACCUUAUGUGUGUAAGCACUGUGGGAAAGCUUUUAGGGUUUCCACUUGCCUUCACAAACAUGAAAGAGCUCAUACUGAAAAGAAACCCAGUGGUUAGAACUUAUAACAGUGUAAAUCAUAUGGGAUUGUCUUUAGUCAACUUACUAUUAUUGUAAGGUAUGAAAAAAAAUAGCGUGGAGGCCAGUGAGAUGGCUCAGGGGUAAAGGCACUUGCCACAGAGCUUGACAGCCCGAGUUGGAUCCCUAGGACCCAUAUGGUGGAAAGAGAGAACCCAGUCCUUGAAGGUUUCCUCUGACUUGCACACAUGUGCCGUAGUAUGCAUGCACUCUCACAUGUAUAAAUAAUUGAAAAAUAUUUUAUAUAUUAUAAAAAAAGAUGGAGAGAAACUAACAGAAUAGGAGACCUGUAAAUGUGUAAUUUUGGUAAUGUUUAGAAUGGGAUGUAAUAUGAAAACCUGGUACACAAAGCAUGCUAGUGAAUUCCUUUUUAAACUAUAUUUAUAUUCCAUGUGUGUAUUGUGUGACACUAUUCCUGGGGAGAUAUUAACAAACAUCUACUCACCCCAGAUAGGGAAUCAACAACAGUUCAAAGUAAGGAUACCACCAGAGUCCAACUUGGUGAACCAAUGAAUUUAUUGGUGUUAUAGGAAUAUGGGUGAGGGGUUACUUACAGGAAUAGAAAUGACUCAGAAACAGCUGCAACACCAACAGCCCACCCCAACAUGAGUGAUGACUCAUGCAACCUGGAAAUCUAGACUUCACUGCACAACUUGGAUGCAGCUUGAUAGGUUGGAAAGAGGCAGGUCAGUUGGUCUGAGCCUCUUCUGGAUACCUCACAUUGUCUUAGAAUGUCCCUCAGCAGUCCUUAGGGCUUUCAUAUGCCCUAAGGAAGAAACCUAGUGAAUUUAGAUAGUUUCAGGGACUUCUGAAACUAUUGAGUGAGUUCUUGAGCUUAACAAGUCUUUGCUAGCUUCCCUCCAAGAUGGAAUGUCUUAUCUGGGAGGAUAACACAGUAAUGUGGGUGGGUGAGUGCAUGCCACAGUGCACAUGUGGAUGUCAGAGGACAACUUUCAGGAGUGUUCUUGCUUUCCACUGUCUAGGUACCAGGGACAGAUUGAGAUUUUCUGCCUUUGUGGCAGGUUACCUUAACCCACCCUAUUUAUGCCUUUUAUUCACUGGGGAAAUAAAUGCUAGAAAUCACACAACAUUGAAUACAGUGAGGUUGAAUACAACUUGGGAGAGUAAAGAAAGAAACUUCCAACGAAAAGAAAUAUUCUGUGUGAAAAAUAUAUGUUGUUAAAAGUAAAGUAAAAGUCAUGAAAUUUUCUCAUCUUUUAAAAGUAAAAAAUAUGACCACCUUGAACAAAUUUGUGUAGAAUGUUCCUGAAAAUAAACAACUUCAAAGAAAUGCA